CUCAUACCUGUAUUUCACAUGAAGAACUCCUCCGCGUGCAGCGCGUCCCCGACAGGCUCCUGUCUCACGCACGCGCGUCUCACUGAGGAGAGUCGGGAGCCGUUUUUACUUUUGGAAAGAGUAAGUUUGCGGACAACGUCCCCAGUAAAUUCUGGCUGAAAAACGACGUCCCCUUGAAGGUCGCCUGCGGGGACGAGCACACCGCCUUCAUCACAGAAAAUGGGAAACUCUUCAUGUUCGGCAGCAACAACUGGGGCCAGCUCGGCCUGGGCUCCAAACGGACCGUCAGCAAGCCCACGUGUGUCAAAGCUCUUAAAUCUGAGAAUGUGCAGUUUGUGGCCUGUGGGAGAAACCACACUCUGCUCCACACAGCUCAGGGCAAAGUGUUCGCCUCGGGGGGGAACGGCGAGGGGCAGCUGGGGCUCGGCGACUGCGAGGAGAGGACGUCCUUCCAGAGGAUCGGCUUCUUCGAUUCUCGUGGACCAAUCAAAAUGCUCGCCGCCGGCUCGAACACCUCCGCCGCGCUCACGGCGAGCGGGAAGCUGUUCAUGUGGGGCGACAACACGGAGGGUCAGAUCGGUUUGGGGAAGGAGAACCACGCCGCGGCGCCGCAGGAGGUCAGCGUGGGGCGGCCCGUGGGCUGGGUGUCCUGCGGGUACUACCACUCCGCCCUCGUCACAGUGGACGGAGCUCUGUACACGUUUGGGGAGCGCGACAGCGGUAAGCUGGGCCUGGCCACCCAGCAGCUGCCGCACCACCGGGUCCCUCAGCUGGUGAAGAGCCUCAAGGAGCCGGUGACCCAGGUGGCCUGUGGGGGCGGGCACACGGUGGCACUCACAGAGAACGAUGUGUUCACCUUCGGCCUCGGUCAGUUCGGACAACUCGGCCACGGCACGUUCUCCUUCGAGUCGCGGCUCCCCCAGGCGGUCGAGCACUUCAAGAAGGGCCGAGUGUGUCACGUGACCUGCGGAGAAAACCACACCGCCGUCAUCACAGACGGCGGGCUGCUGUACACGUUUGGAGACGGCCGGCACGGUAAACUGGGCCUGGGAGAAGAAAACUUCACCAACCAGUUCAAACCCACUCUGUGCCCACGCUUCCUCAACUACGACGUUCAGGCAGCUGCGUGCGGCGGCUGCCACAUGGUGGUGCUGGCCCGGCCGAGGGAGCCGAGCGGCGCCGACGUGACUCUGGAGGACGACGACGUGACGGAGGAUUACCUGGAGAGGCCGUACGUGGAGCUGCUGGGCCACGCGGCCGACUCCUCCGCCCUGCAGAGGAGCCUCUCUGCCCGGGUCCGCCGGAGGGAGAGGGAGAGAUCUCCAGACCAGUUCGGCGCCGUGUUCCGCACGCUGCCCGCCGGGGCGCCCGGCCACCUCCACCCACCGCCUUCACCUGAGCUGAGCCACAGAAAGGUGCUCAGCAGCACUCACCAACACAGGAGCGCAGGGUCAAUCCACCAGGAGCCGACGGCGGGCGACGCAGGCGGCGCCGUGGAGAGCCUGACGGACGCCGACAGCGUCCGGGGUCUGGGAGAAACCUCCGACUUCCUGAACAUGACUCACAUGAUGAAGAUGGACUCCGCUGAUCAAAUGCUCACUCUGUCCCCAGUUCACAAGAGGAAGGGUGAGCGCGCUAAGGCCGCCAGAGAGAACCCGAGAAGGGAGAGCGGCUCGUCCUCCACCUCCCCGUCUCGGGGGAGGAGGCACGGCGCUCACUCUCUGGCCCCCGGGAGCCCGCACAGACGCAAGACCACCAAUCAGAACAAAGAGAAUGUGAUGGUGGCCAUGGAGGAGCUGCAGAGGAAGCCCGGUAGAGACGGGCCCGGUGUAGGGGGCUCGGCUCAGAGGACAGGCCGGCGGAGGCCGGAGUCGGACUCUAAAGGACGUCCUGGAGCCAGGGAGACGCCUUCAGGCGCCGGACCCACACUGAAGGUCACGCGGGCUGCACCGGCCCGAGUUCAAAGCAAAGCGGGCGCAGGUGUUCCCUCUCCAGGUGAGCACGCAGCCGGGCUCCACGAGGACCCCGAGAGUCUCUCUGAGCGGAAAACCAGAUCUGAUGUCUCCAAGACAUCGAAGAACGAGAAAAAACGAAAGGAGGCAAAAACAGGGAAGAGGACGAAGAUCGGCCUGCUGGCCGGAGCCGCCGCGCUCACGGCGGGGGCGCUGCUGGUGCACCAGGUGGCGUCCAGGAGCUCGCCGUCCAGGAGCAGCCGCGGCGUCCCGAGGCCGCCGAGCGAAGAGCCCGAAUCCCACGCUGCAGAUUUAAGAAACAAAUCCUCCGUCAGCAUCAACAUCAUACCAGAGAGCCAGGAAGAGACGAGUGGGACUGAGGAGGAGAGGGAGGACUCUGUGAGGGAGAAGCAGGAGGAGGAGGAGAAUGAAGAUGAGGAAGGGCAGAGGACGAGUGCAGACGUCAGUGAGGAGGAGGAGGACGACAUCAGUGACAGUAUUGAGAAAGUAACAGAAGAAGAAGAAGAUGAUGAAGACAGCAACACUCUUCAACCAGAGGAUGAGUCAGAAACUGAUGAAGGCGAAGAGGAAAGCGAGGAUGAGGAGGAAGACGAGAGCAGUGCUGAGGAGGAGGAAAGUGAAGACGAGACAGAAUCAAAGAAGAGCAAAGGAGGGAAUGCAAGAGAGGAGGAGGAGGAGGAAAGUGAGGAAGGGUCGAGUCACGAGACAGAGAGUAAAGGAGGAGAGUCUGACAAUGAGGAGGAAGGUGAGGAAGAAGAGGGCGAUUUGGAAAGUGAGGAGGAUGAAAGUGAGGAAGAGUCGAGUCAAGAGACGGAGAGCAAAGGAGGAGAGUCCGAAAAUGAAGAGGAAGAAGAGGGGGGUGAAAGUGAGUCAUUAAAAUCAUCGGAGGAGGGAGAAGAUAGUGAGACAGAGGAGGAAGAAGAAGAGGAGGAAGAGGCAGAAGAGGAGAGUAGUGGGAAAGAAGAGGGUGAAAAUGAGGAUGAAAGUGAAGAAGAGGAGGAAGAAGAGAGUGAAAACGCUGAGGAAGAGGAAAAAGAGAGUGAAGAGGAAGAAGAGGAGGAGGAUCAACAAAGUGAAGAGGAAGAGGAAAAAGAAAGUGAAGAGGAGAAUGAGGAGGAGGAAGAAGAGGAGAAUGAGGAGGAGGAAGAUCAAAACAGUGAGGAAGAGGAAAAAGAGAGUGAUGAAGAGGAGGAGGAAGAUCAAAACAGGGAGGAAGAGGCUGAGGAAGAAGAGGUUGAUAACUAUGAAGAAGAGGAGGAGGAGGAAGAGGUUGUCAAAAAGAAAAAGUCAGCUGAGGUCAAGAGCGUGACCUCUGGAAGUAAGCGGAGGUUAGGGGUCAAAGGUCAGACCCCAGACGAGUCUGAGGAGUUCUGGGGUGACGUGCUGCCGCAGUACCUGCAGCUGAAGUAACACCGAUAAUCAAUAAGCCAUCGACUCAUUGAUCUGAUCGCUUUAGAACGACCUGUCCCUGAACUCACCGCUCACGGUGCCUUCACUGCUCGUCUUCCUCACGUUAUUUCAUGAAUCUCUUUCCAUCUGAACUUUCUUUCUUUUAAAGGUUUUGUUUACUUGUUUUAUUAAUUAUAUAUUUAUUAAAGGCACUUUUAAACACAAA